UUGCUAUGUUUUACUCUCUUACAAGCUGGUUUCAAAGCUACUUAUGGACGAUAUGAUGAUUCUAUUCAGAAUCCAAUUAAAAUUCCGGCAAAGGCUGCUUGGCUUCUUCAAGAAAUGCCUUCAUUCAUCAUUCCCGUUUACUAUUUGAUAAGGUGCAACAGUUGGGAAGGUCGCUUUGUUCUUCUUCUAUUCAUAAUUCAUUAUGCUCAGAGAUCAUUCUAUUAUCCUGCGGUCAUGAAAUCAAGCAAAGGAUCGCCCAUACCCAUUUUUCUCUGCGCGUCAUUCUUCUGUACUUAUAAUGGUUUCUUGCAAGGAGCUUCGCAUGGAAUCCAUUAUAGAAAGGAUCACUUCUUCUCUAAUCCUUUGACUUACAUUGGAACUUUUCUGUUCUUUGUUGGAAUGUUCAUUAACAUCCAAUCUGAUUCCAUUUUACGCAAUCUAAGGAAACCCGGAGAAGUUGGUUAUAAAAUUCCACUUGGUGGACUGUUUGAAUAUGUCUCAGGUGCGAAUUACUUUGGUGAAAUCGUAGAAUGGAUUGGCUUCGCGUUGGUAGCUAGAUCAUUAGCAUC